CGCCGAGCCGCGGUGCUGUGAUUGUUGCUCACAUACUCCACUCUACAAAGUGAUCCAACAGCAAAUAUAUUUUUGUUCAGCAAAAAUUCCAUAUUCUACAAACACAAAAAAGGAACAGAAGGAACUGAUAUCCAGAGGGUGGUCAAACAUAACCAAAAAUGGAAGCCACCCCGGUUGAAAUUUUCAAAGACGAUAAGUGCCACUUGGCGCUCGGCGAAGACUGUUAUAUGAAUUCUACUUCGCAGUCUGGAUUUGCAGCAGGUCACAAUCUGACUUUGGACUCUGACGGGGAAGAGGAGUCAAUGUCCCCGAUAAUCCCCAUUAUCACAGCUGUGUACUCCGUGGUGUUUGUGGUGGGCUUGGUGGGCAACUGCCUCGUCAUGUAUGUUAUCAUCAGGUAUACAAAGAUGAAGACGGCCACCAACAUUUACAUAUUCAACCUGGCUCUGGCCGACGCCCUGGUCACCACGACAAUGCCUUUCCAGAGCACUGACUACCUGUUGAACUCGUGGCCGUUUGGUGAGGUGGUGUGUAAGGUGUUCAUAUCCAUCGACUACUACAACAUGUUCACCAGCAUCUUCACCCUGACCAUGAUGAGUGUUGACCGCUAUGUGGCCGUGUGCCACCCGGUCAAAGCCCUGGAUUUCCGAACACCCAUCAAUGCCAAGAUGAUCAACGUGUGUAUCUGGAUGCUGUCGUCGGCAGCCGGGAUACCAGCACUGCUACUGGGGGGCACCCAGACCAACAAUGGCACCACGGAGUGUGCCUUACAAUUCCCGGAGCCAUACGUGUAUUGGGACACCCUGAUGAAGAUCUGUGUGUUUGUGUUUGCCUUCGUGGUGCCCGUGCUCAUCAUCACCGUGUGCUACUCCCUGAUGGUGCUACGACUCAAGAGCGUGCGUCUCCUCUCGGGCUCCCGGGAGAAGGACCGCAACCUGCGACGCAUCACCCGCCUGGUCAUGGUGGUGGUGGUGGUAUUCGUAGUGUGCUGGACGCCCAUCCACAUCUUCAUCCUGGUCAAGGCGCUCGUGAGCGUUCCAGAGACCACCGCCGUCAUGGCCGCCUACUUCUUCUGCGUAGCGCUGGGCUACACCAACAGCAGCCUCAACCCUGUCCUCUACGCAUUCCUGGAUGAGAACUUCAAGAGAUGCUUCAGGGACUUCUGCGUCCCGACAAAGCUGAAGAAGGUGGACAAGGGGUUGGGUAAAAAAGGCACCGUAAGGUCCCCGGAGGCCCCAGUUCCACUGGAGAACCCAGACGGGACUAGAAAGCCGGCAUGACUAGCCAUGGAAGUGUCUUUCAUUUCUCAAGUUGGAAAGGAAGACUCUAAUGAUCUGGGCCUAACCCAGGCGAUAUCAGGAAUGUGAGCACAGCAGUGCUACUGUUCCUUUGUAAAUAGCCUUCCACAAGCUUCCCACAAUAUGUUGGGUGAAUUCUGGCCCAUUCCUCCUGACAGAGCUGGUGUCACUG